CUUCGCUCCAGCCACCAUCGCGUUCAGACGUUCGCCAUCCGAGGCAUCAUGGAGUCAGCGACCUCGCGCUUGCUGGCGUCCGCUAUCCAGGUCUCACAGGGUGCCGAAGCAAAAGUAUUCAAAGCGUACUUGCAUCCAUGCGAGUUCGCAUCGAGCUCCACCUCACCAUCGGACGCUUCGGACGGCAGGACGCCGAUUUUGUUGAAGUACCGUUUUCACAAGCAUUAUCGACACCCGACCCUUGAUACCACUUUGACAAAAGCGAGAGUAGCCGGAGAGGCUCGCGCGAUAAUCAAAUGCUUACGUCAUGGAGUGAAUGUACCAGGUAUCCGUAUGGUAGACACUGCACAAGGCGUGUUGGGCCUUGAGUGGAUCGACGGCAAAAGCAUCAGGUUGCUGCUGGGCGGCGGAGCCGAAGGCGAAGACGAAACUACUGAAGAAGAGACUGAAGACGAUUCCCAUGAGAUCGAAGAAGAGGAUCCCUUCGAUGAAUACGGUAUCUCGGAAGACGAUGCUAUGCGAAUGAUCGGCACUGAAAUAGCCAAAAUGCAUCGAGCUGAUAUCGUACAUGGUGAUCUAACAACCUCUAAUAUGAUCCUCCGACAUCCGUCUUCUGCCAAGGGGUUACAGCUGGUACUGAUUGACUUCGGGCUGGCCUAUACGUCGACGCUUGCAGAAGACAAGGCUGUUGACCUCUACGUGCUCGAGCGCGCAUUUGCUUCAACGCACCCCGCUUCCGAGCUGCUUGUCGCAUCCGUGCUCAAGGCAUAUCAGGAACACAUGGGCAAAGAAUGGCUUCCAGUAUCGAAGCGGCUAGACGAUGUUCGCCUUCGUGGACGCAAGAGAAGCAUGGUGGGAUGACGGAGAGUGGUUCGCGAGACGCAUGGGGUUAGAAGAGUAGGACCGAAUGUAAUAAUGUUAUACUAUGAACCUGAGAAAGUCGGCAGACCCAGCCUGAUCACCGCA